CAGCAGCAGGAGGCCCUGGCCGCCCGUCGGCAGCAGGAGCUGGAGCAGCAGCGACAGCGGGAGCGGCAGGAGCUGGAGCAGCAGCGCCUGGAGCAGCUCCAGAGCCUGCGACCCAAGGACAGGGGCCGUGACAGUGCCAUCGCUAGCACUGAGGUGAAGCUGAAGCUCCAGGAGUUCCUGCUCAGCAAGACGAAGGAGCCAGGCCCCGGCCCCCCAAACCAUUCCCUCCCCCAGCAUCCCAAAUGUUGGGCUCACCACACCUCGUUGGACCAGAGUUCCCCCCCGCAGACAGGCAGCCCGGGGACCCCUCCGUCCUACAAGCUCCCCCUCCUCGGCACCUACGACGGCCGGGAUGACUUUCCUCUCCGGAAAACUGCCUCUGAGCCCAACCUGAAGGUGCGGUCGCGGCUGAAGCAGAAGGUGGCGGAGCGGCGGAGCAGCCCUCUCCUGCGGCGCCGCGACGGCUCCGUGCUCAGCGCCUUCCGCAAGCGCCACGUCGAGAUCACCGUGUCCUCGGUGUGCAGCAGUGCCCCCGGGUCGGGGCCCAGCUCCCCCAACAGCUCCCACGGUGCCCACAACGGCCUGGCCGCCUCUGUCCCCAACAUCCACGCCGAGCUCCUGCCCCAGCCCCGUGCCCUGGCCCUGGAUGGGGCCCAGCUCAGCCUCUACACGUCCCCGUCGCUGCCCAACCUGUCCCUGGGGCUGCAGGCCACUGUCACUGUCACCAGCGCCCACCUCCCCGCAUCCCCCAAGCUGUCACCGCAGGCUGAGGGCGAGCGCCCGGGGGUGCCCCCCCUGCGCCCCGGGGCCGCUCUCACCGGGAAGUUCCUGAGCACGUCCUCAAUCCCGGGGUGCCUGCUGGGGGUGGCCCUGGAUGGGGACCCCCCGGCCGGUCCCCCGUCCCUGCUGCAGCACGUCCUGCUGUUGGAGCAGGCGCGGCAGCAGAGCACCCUCAUCGCUGUGCCCCUGCACGGCCAGUCCCCGCUGGUGACGGGGGAGCGCGGGGGGGGUCCCCGUGGGAACAAACUGCCUCGGCACCGGCCCCUGAGCCGCACCCAGUCAUCCCCGCUGCCCCAGAGCCCCCAGGCCCUGCCCCACGGCCCCCCUCCAGCACCACUUCCUCGACAAGCAGCAGGUCCAGCUGGGCAAGGUGGGCCGGGGGCAGCCCUGGGACUGGGGGUGGGCAUGGGGUGG